AUGAGUCGAAUGUGCUGGCGGCAGGCUCUAUGGGCGCUGGCGUUGUUUUGUACGCUGGCGCCCUCGCACGCCGAUGGGAACAUAGGUUGCUUGUUUAGCCCGUCCCUCUGUAUUGAGGGAGCGGAGUGGUGCUAUGAUGAUUUUGCUUUUGGAAAGUGUAUACCGAUUUAUGACAACGAUCCUGAAGAAGGGUCUCUUUACCAAUAUGACAUGGGCUCGAAUCAACUGCAAUGGUUCGAGAGAGAGCUCCAACAGCUGGCGACUCGUGGGUACCGCUGGGAGCACGCGUAUACCCAAUGUGUACUGCAAAGCAUGCUUUACGCUUUACGUCAUCACAUGAAUCCUGAAAAUGUUAAUUCCAAGUUAUGCGAUCACUUUGCGGAUCCUAAGAUAAAUUCGGCCCCAACUGGUGAAGGAGAUGAAGUAUUGGAUGUUGACCCGGAUGAAACAGCGUACGUACGAUUUACCCCGAAUUCCCAAAUCGCAGACUCGGACUAUGCAAAUGAAGUUUACAAUCCUCCACUUAUUCCCGACGAAGACCUAUCAGCAUAUUUAGUACCCAAAGCAGUACAAAUACCUAUGGAAAAUGAACAAAUAGGCGAAGGUGAAGAAAAUCCAAGUGACAAAAUACGUGAUUUAAUGCUCAUGAGUGGCGUUGCUGAUUCUCCAGUUAUUAUGCCUUUUGAAGGUUUUCGAGAACGUCUUCAAGCUAAAGAAAAGGCUAAGGGUUCGGAUGGACAACCUCAUAUUAUCGAAGCAUUUGCAGAUAAAGAAAAAAAAUCCCUGGCAGGAACAAAAUCUAAUCAAAAAGCUACGGAAGAGAAUGAGUUUCCCGACGAAGAGCGCCUAGGAGCUCAUUUCCGCAAAGUUAAGUUUAAACCGCCACCUUUUACUGCUGAGUAUUUAACUGCUAACAGAUUUUCGCCGUUAGACGCUGAAGUUCGAUCAAAUGCAUUAGAAAAAUAUAAACAAAGCUUUGCAGAGAAAAAUUUUCCUUUUGAAUACGAAAACCCAGGCGACAUACAGGAACAAAGAAUUUAUUUUGAAGAUGAUGGAGCUGAAGAUCUACCUAUAGAUGCGGGUAGCGGAGAACUGGACCCAUACCAUUCAAAAGAUAUGCCUAAGCAGAAAUCUAAAAAUUCUAAGAACAUGGAAUAUUUAAUAAACUAUUGGCGUGAGUUAUUUGGAUCAAAAUUAAACACACAAGGCGGCUUGUACGCUGAGGGCGGUCCUUUAAAACCAGACGAAUUACAAGGUGAAAAUUCCGAAUUUUCUAUAUCGGAAGAUUUUCAAGAUAUUGACAGGGAUUUGCCUUAUAGAGAUUGGGGCUUUAAACGUAGGGAAAGAGACGAUGUUAAAAAGCCCGGGCCGCGUGUGGACGCGAAAACAUUAAAACUAAUGCGCAACAAUAAUUCGGUGACAGCUCAAGAUGCUGCUAAUAAACAGAAUUCGGGCGCGUCUGGCCAUGAUCACAAUGAUUAUGAUUAUGACCCGUCCUAUGCAUUCGUUGAAUUCCACAAUAGGUUCCUUACGAAUUGGGAGACUGGUAUGGCUUUUAUUACAAGACUUGAAGAAAUGCUGGGCUUAGACAAAGAUACUUUUACAAAUCCUCGAGUCGAUCCAAGCGAAGUGACAUUUAAAGUCGAGAAAAAUAGUAAAGGAUAUGAUGCAGCAGAAGUUGGUCGACAGAUUGAUGCUAUAAAAGACAAAGUAUGGAAAGAAACAGGCGCCCAAAUUAAAUCUAUUGGUAUAGGUGAUAGGACUAAGCACACCGUCAUUCACCAUAUUGAUGUGCAAGAACCCCAAUACUUUGGCUUACAAUUACCAGUACUUCUGGCGCUCGUGGGCAGUUUGUCGGUUCUGAUUAUUGGUGCGGUAGUGUUCGCGGUGCUACUCAAACGCGAUAUGAGUUCUAAAAGAAAGAUGCAAGGAUUAGCCUCUGCCGCCGAAAUUGAUGCUGAAGCAACCAGAGACUAUCAGGAACUGUGUCGUGCUCGUAUGUCUGGCAAGUGGUCGGGACAACAGACGACUGCCGCGCCUUCUCACCCAACUGAACCACCGCAAAGGAUCACUUCGCUAUCCCGGGAACCAGAUGGCAAUUCACCAUCAACUCGCUCUAGUACUUCGUCAUGGAGCGAAGAACCGGCUCUUACCAACAUGGACAUUUCCACUGGGCACAUGGUUCUUGCCUACAUGGAAGAUCAUCUCCGUAACAAGGACCGUUUAGAGCAAGAAUGGCGAGCUCUGUGUGCAUAUGAAGCUGAGCCAUGCGCCACUACCGCCGCAUUGAAACCCGAGAACACCGGCAAGAACCGCUAUGCUGAUAUACUACCAUAUGACCAUUCUAGGGUGACCCUGAACUCCCUGUCUAACCAUCUCGAAUCUGAUUACAUCAAUGCUUCAACUAUUACUGACCACGAUCCGCGGAACCCUGCCUACAUCGCAGCUGCUGGACCACUGGAGCACACCGCGCCCGACUUCUGGCAGCUGGUCUGGGAGCAAGGUAGUGUGGUCAUGGUGAUGCUCACCCGACUUACGGAGAAUGGACAACAGCUGUGCCACCGAUACUGGCCUGAAGAGGGAUCCGAGCUCUAUCACAUUUAUGAGGUGCACCUGGUAAGCCAACAUAUCUGGUGUGACGACUAUCUUGUCCGAAGUUUCUAUUUAAAGAAUCAGCGCACUGGAGAGACACGAACGGUCACACAAUUCCAUUUCCUCUCUUGGCCUGAGAAUGGAGUACCGUCAUCUACUAAGGCUCUGCUCGAAUUUAGGAGGAAAGUGAAUAAGUCUUACCGUGGAAGAUCUUGUCCAAUCGUAGUUCAUUGCAGUGAUGGAGCUGGUCGCACGGGCACCUAUUGUUUGAUAGACAUGGUCUUAAACCGCAUGGCCAAAGGCGCUAAGGAGAUAGACAUCGCAGCGACCCUCGAGCAUAUCCGUGACCAGCGCCCUCGCACCGUCGCCACUAAACAACAGUUCGAAUUCGUUCUGAUGGCAGUCGCUGAAGAGGUACAUGCAAUACUUAAGGCUUUACCGGCGCAUUUGCAACAAUUACAAGAAAAGAAAGAAAAGGAAAAGGAGAAAGAGAAGGAUGGCAACGACAAGGAGAAACCCAAC